AAGCAGGCAGCGGCCCUUCCUGUUUGACGGCGCUCGCGCUGCCGGAUACACACUGACGACGACGACGACGCUGCCGCCGCCGCACGCGCAGCGCUCGCGCUAUGUCUGCGCCUGUCCGACUCGCUCGCGACCUUAUUUACUUUCCUACAUGAUCCCGACACGUGUCGCCAUUAUUAUUAUUAUUAUUGUUAUUAUUAUUAUAGUGCCGGAUUGUUUGUUGUUAUGUUUUCUUUAAAAUGAAUUAUUAGUCGUAGCCGUCGUAGUCGUAGUCGUCGUCGAGUCGUAACGCUCUUUUUCCGUCUCGGUGUGUUUUUUUUUUCUUUCGCAGUCGCGAGCCUGUCAAUGGUUAGUGUCGCAGGCGCGCGCGCUCAUGGCGGAGACUAAAAUCAUCUAUCACAUCGAUGAGGAGGAAACUCCUUAUUUAGUCAAACUCGCCGUUUCUCCGGACAAAGUCACGCUGUCCGACUUCAAAAAUGUGCUCAGCAACCGGCCCGUCAAUAGCUACAAAUUCUUCUUCAAGUCCAUGGACCAGGAUUUCGGGGUGGUCAAAGAGGAGAUAUCUGACGAUAAUGCCAAGCUGCCCUGCUUCAAUGGACGAGUGGUGUCCUGGUUGGUGCUGACUGAAAGCACACACUCAGAUGGCGGAUCUCAGUGCCCAGAGAGUCACGCCGAGCUGCCGCCCCCGCUGGAGCGGACAGGAGGAAUCGGAGACUCGAGACCCCCCUCUUUUCAUGCCAAUGCGGUGAGCAGUCGGGAUGGACUGGACACGGAGACGGGCACGGAGUCUCUUGUGAGCCAGCGAAGGGAGAGGGAGCGCGAGAGGAGCCGCAGGGCACGGGACAACAAGCUCCCGCGUUUAAAUGGCCACUCGAAGGCCGAGCGUGUUAAUCGAGACUCAGCCAUGGGCUAUGACAGUACCUCCAUGAUGAGCAGCGAGCUGGAGUCCAGCUCCUUCAUCGACAGUGAGGAAGAUGAGGAUGCCAGCAGGUUGAGCAGCUCCACGGAGCAGAGUACUUCUACUCAACUCAUGCGCAGGCACAAGCGCCGACGACGGAGACAGAAAGUGGCUAAAAUGGACAGGUCCUCAUCCUUCAGCAGCAUAACCGAUUCCACCAUGAGCCUCAACAUCAUCACAGUUACGCUCAACAUGGAGAAGUAUAAUUUCCUGGGAAUCAGCAUAGUGGGGCAGAGUAAUGACCGAGGAGAUGGAGGGAUAUACAUCGGUUCCAUCAUGAAAGGUGGCGCCGUAGCAGCUGACGGCCGAAUUGAGCCUGGAGACAUGUUGCUGCAGGUGAAUGAUGUGAACUUUGAGAACAUGAGUAAUGAUGAUGCUGUACGGAUUCUGCGGGAAAUCGUCUCCAAGCCUGGACCGAUAAGUCUGACAGUGGCGAAGUGCUGGGACCCCUCUCCUCGCAGUUAUUUCACCAUCCCUAGAGCGGAGCCCGUAAGACCAAUCGAUCCUGCUGCCUGGAUCUCUCACACUACAGCACUGACUGGAACUUAUCCACACUACGAGCUGGAUGACUUGCCGCUCUCAGCGAGUAAAACUGAAAUGGCCACAAUAGUGAAAGUGAUGCAGCUACCUGACUCAGGGCUUGAGAUCAGAGACCGGAUGUGGCUUAAGAUCACCAUAACAAAUGCUGUCAUCGGUGCUGAUGUGGUGGACUGGCUGUAUUCACGGGUGGAAGGCUUCAAGGACCGGCGCGACGCCCGAAAAUACGCCAGCAGUUUGUUGAAACACGGCUACCUGAGACACACCGUCAAUAAAAUCACCUUCUCUGAACAAUGCUAUUAUACAUUUGGAGAUCUGUGCCAAAAUAUGGCCUCUCUGAACCUGAAUGAUGGAUCUAGUGGUGGUGGUUCAGAGCAAGACACCCUUGCCCCGCUCCCUCCACCGGGUCCAAACCCAUGGCCUGCAGGUGGGCAGCCAUACCCGUAUCCAGGUUACCCGAACCAACCGCCCGGCUACCCGCCUGGAUACUCGGAGCCCUGCCACAGUUUCCACAGCGGCAGUGCCGGCAGCCAGCAGAGUGAAGGCAGUAGAAGUAGCGGCUCUAACCCCAGCGCAGGUAAAGGAAGAAGGCCCUCUCCUCGAGAGAAGGAGCACAGGUCGACGUGCUGCGUGGGAACAGACUCCGAACCAGUCCCAUGGCCUGGCCUUCAGGGCCAGAGAGCGCCCAGCCAGCUGAGCCAUCACAGCCACACCCGCUCCUGCACCAGUCACACCUGCUCCGGGCACAGCCAUGCUGCAUCCCAGCGGAGCCACAGUGUGUCCCAGCACAGCCACACCUCUUUCUCCUAUAGCCACGCCCCCUUCACUCAGCUCGGCCACGCGUCCUGUGCACACAGCGAGAGGAGCCACGCGUCCUCGUACGGCCCCCCAGGCCUGCCUCCUCCGUACUGCCUGGCACGGCUGGCUCCUAGAGCUACUGUGAGCAGCGGUCCUCCUGGAGCUCCGCCCGUGCGCGAGUUAGCAAACGUCCCUCCGGAGCUCACAGCUAGUCGGCAGUCCUUUCAGCACGCUAUGGGUAACCCUUGUGAGUUCUUUGUUGAUAUUAUGUGACAGGAACAGUGCCUUUCACUUUUAAAGAGCACAAAUCCUCCAUACUCCCCUUUACUCCUUUAAAUUCUUGCUACUGACUAUCCCAGCACUGAGAAUGUACCCACAUCAUCCCUCAGUGGAGGACACUUAAAAAAAACACAGCAUUCUGCACUGGCAAAGCAAAUGACAUGAUGAUAGAUGGUAAAACGACUGCUGUAGAAGUGUUCUCGGCCCACGCAGAGCUCCACACCUGUAUACUGAGUGUAUAUACUCUUUAUCAGAGAUGAACCGGAAGCCAAAGGUCCGAACCUUUGUAGCUAAUCUGCAUUUGGGCGACCCAGCACGUGAUGUAUUCAGAUGCCAAGCCAAGUCAAUCUAACAAAUACAUAAUUGCCAAAAAGCGGGACAUGCUGUGUCUGCAUUAUACAAACAUCCUCAAUGGGUUUGGCACUUACUGUAAAAGUUAGCACAUGAUGUGAAAUUCCUUUGAAAAGUCAUGAGUUGUGAAUGUUGUCUAGAAUUCAUGAUGCAUUUGACCAAGAUUCCUUGUUAUUUGAAAUUCAUAGCGUAUUCAUGAUGUCCCAGUGGAGUCAUGCACAGAGACGGACUCAGAAUGACAAUCAGUCAUGCACAUGGACUGACCUACAAAAUAUAAGCUGUGGAGUCGAAUGACUUCAGCGUAAGUGUCCCAAAUUGCUCAAACACGAUCCUACAGGAAUAUCAUUUGCCUCCUCAGUCCAAUGAACGAAAGUCAGAAUAAUUCCCCGAAUUGCACUGCCAUGUGUUUCCAAUAAAGCAUCCAUCGGACACUUUGUCACAUCCUGUAAUGAUCUGAGGCAUGGCCAAGACAAAUGAAAAUAACCAUCACGGCCAGGUUUAAUGAUACUUUUACCAAAUGCUUUUGGCAGACAUUAAACUGUGUUUCACUUUUCGUUUUACAAAACUAAGCUUGUUUUGACUUGAAUGAAAAGACUUGUUUUGUGGUGAAGUUUUCUUGUAACGUGGUGAACUCUAAAAUUCAUUUUAAAACGUUCCCCUGCGUAACCCGUUCACCCAGGUCUCAGCAGGAAACAGCAACAGCAUCAUUUUAACUCUUGAAGCACUUUUAAAAACGUACCUGUUUGGCCCUUUAGUAUAAAACACUGUUCGUAACGGAAGCUAUUGACUUUAUUUCUUCAAGUAAAGAGGAAUAACAAAUUGUACAUAAUGGAAAAAUUAUAUAUUAUAUAUAAUUGAAAAAAUAAUAAAUAAAAUAUAUGAGUUAAAA